AUGGCAUACCAAGUUCAUGUUCAAGGCAGAGUUGACCUCAUGAACGGUGGAGCAAGCAUCCACCUCACGCCCAUCGCAGUCGCUGCGGCAGCACCUCGUCCACAAGCUGCUCGACCUACUCCGGCCGAGAUAGCAGAAUGGAGCGUGCACUCAAGCCGCACACCGGUCACAAGGGAAGUUCUCAACUCCGCAAUGUGCACCGUUCAAAAGCAACUCAAAUUGCAGACCGGGCUGGCAGGUGAAUGGACCCCAGAAGCCACGGCACGGCUUCGGGAGAACCUUGCCAAGCCGAAGAAGGGUGCCCCGAAGCAGCUAGCUUUAGAGGACAAGCAACCUCCGUGUCAUGAAAGUGAUGCUGCGAAGUGCGCAAUCUCACCAGGUUCGAGCGGGGCCAGCACUUGGAAGGAGACAUUGCGUGGGGAGAUCAAAGAGUUGCUUGAAGCAAUCCAAGCGCACCAGGAGAUUGAGGAAGAAAAUGAGGAAUUAAAGGCAGAAGUGCAGGAUCUCACCCCGCUCAUCAAAGUCUGUGACAGCCUCCGUGAGAAGAUCGACCGCUUGGAGGAGGAAAACCUUUACCUCAGACAGAUGCUGACUGGCUAG